AUCAGCUGAUGGGAACGUCGAGGGAUGGUUCAGUGUAUGUUUGCCAGCCUACAUCUGCAAGGGAGUUGCAGAAAAGCCUCAUGUUCAUCGAGCCGUGAGUCACCAAUGCUUUUUAAAGCUGUUAUGAAUAUGAAAAACAAUACUGUUUGCUUUCCAGCAGUAACUGUGUUACACAUCACGCUAGUUGGUAACGUAAGAGUGAGCAGAGAGGACACGCAGCUUCUGCCCAGGCGGAUGUAGUUCAGUGAUGCUGUGCCUGAGCCGCUUUCCUCAAAUCUCACUUAUAAGAAAGAUAAAAUAAGAUAAAGGAAAGAAAACUCAAAUUCCUCCGCCGACGUCUUCACUUUUAUUCUUGUGUAUCAUUCCCAGCUUCCUCAUUACAGGUUUGGGCAAGAAAAGCUUUUCCCUUUAAACUUUUAGAGGCUGGGACCGCAGGAGGGGUUCUGAAUGGGAGAGACCUCACAGAGAUGAGUCGAGACAGCGGGUUAAAUUCACAGACGAGCGCGUCUGCAAAUCGCACUUGCUCAACUGCUGCCCGCAUGACAUCCUCUCUGGAACGCGCAUGGACCUUGGCGAAUGCUCUAAGAUCCAUGACCUGGCGCUGAGAGCAGACUAUGAGAUCUCGUCUAAGGAGAGAGACCUGUUCUUCGAACUGGAUGCGGUGGAUCACCUGGAGUCGUUUAUUGCCGACUGUGACCGCAGGACUGAGUUGGCCAAGAAGCGUCUCGCUGAGACACAGGAAGAGAUCAGCGCUGAGGUGGCCGCAAAGGCAGAAAAGGUUCACGCGUUAAACGAGGAGAUCGGAAAGCUGCUGGCGAAGGCUGAGCAGCUCGGCGCUGAGGGAAAUGUGGAUGAAGCCCAGACAGUUCUACAUGAGGUUGAGAGAGUCCGAACUAAGAAGAAGGAUGCAGAGGAAGAGUACAGGAACUCUAUGCCCGCCUCCAGUUUCCAGCAGCAGAAGUUGCGCGUCUGUGAGGUUUGCUCCGCCUAUCUGGGUCUCCAUGACAACGACCGGCGUCUCGCUGACCACUUUGGUGGCAAACUGCACCUGGGCUUCAUUCAGAUCAGAGAGAAGCUGGAACUGCUGAAGAAAACCGUGCAGGACAAACAGGAGAGGAGGAACCAGGAGCGACUGAAGCGGAGGGAAGAGCGGGAGAGAGAGGAGAGAAUGAAAAAGCGGACCAAGUCGCGUAGCCGAGAACGCAAGAGGUCGCGUUCUCGUGACCGCGAUCAAGAGCGCAGACGCCGGCGUUCCCGCUCCGCAUCGCGAGAGAAGCGCCGUUCCCACUCUCGCUCCAAAGAGCGCGACAGACGCCGGCGGCACCGUUCCCGAUCCAGAUCCCGCUCGCGGCACAGCCGAGAACACUCACACAAGUCUUCACGGGACCGUGAUCGCGAGAGGGAGAGCAAGCGCAGCUCGUCCGAGCGGAGAUCAGACGGACUGAACGGGAGGACGGAGUCUCGCCGUCAUGAUGACAGAGAGGCUGGAGAGAUCUGAAUCAUCUCACUCUA